UUAGAAACGCCCUUUGUGAUUCAAAUGGCGGCGGGACGCUGUUGUAGAAACAGCCUUUGGUGCUUCUGCCGGGAGCUUCUCUGAGUGCCUUAUUUCACAGUGUCUUUGCAAAGACAACUUCAAAUGCUUUUCUUACCUGUGGUAGCUAAUCUUAGAUCAGCCUGAUGUGAAUUAGAAUUUAAUUAAACUUAUAACUAGAACUAUGUACUUAAAUCUCAUUCAUCUUUUGAAGUAAGAGUCAGAAGUGCAGCCCUGUGAUUAUUCAAAGCAGCAAAACCAGAACAAAGGGAUGGACUCGGUGCCUCUGAAAGAUCCUGUUUUUACCUUUAGUGCCAACAAUCCUACUGCAUGUGCUGCUCUCAAAGACCCAAAUCAAAGACUCACGAAGUCAGGGAAAAAAGUUGCGUUGCCACCCCCUCCCAAGAAAGGACUGCCAACAACUACACGAUCAUACAGACGGGAGACUGAACUCAAAAACAAAAACAAGUUGUUGGAAAAUGACAAGAGUGAACUGAGUUUAAAAGUGGAGGCAAUGCAGAAGGAAAUGACAGAUAUGAAGAAGCUGUGUGAUAGUCUUGAAAAAGAAAAUGAGAAGCUGAAAAACUUUCAGGAAAGCUGUCUCUUGAUAUUAGAAGCGAAGAAUUUGGACCCAGUUACAGGUGAGCAAAUUUUGGAGGAAGAAGAAACAAAAAAGAAGUUGCAAACUGAGAUAACGGUUUUAUCGGACAAACUUAAUGCUGAUCUUGAAUUGUUCAUCCAAAUGGCUAAAGAGGAAAAAGAAAAUAUUCAGAAUGCUCAGACCAGAUGGAAGCAGAUAGAGGAGGAGAGGACCCAUUUCUUAGAGGAGCAACAGUCUUUUCAUAGAGAAAUGGAAGAGCUGUUUGCUGCUUUAAACCAGGAAGUUGACUUCUUAAACGCAUCAUAGAUUUGGGCUGAGAUUUAUUAAGUUUAUCAUUGUAAGGAAUUCAAUUAAAAUAGUAAUAAUAGUAAUGUAUUAUUAAAAAAAUAGUAAUGAUAGUAAAAAUAGUAAUAUUUAUGUUAAGGUCUCUGCUGGACCGCAUUUUGUAAACUACUUUAUUGUUUAUUUUGAAAUAAAAUCUCUUUGUUUUCACCGA